AUGGCGUCCCUGGUAGAGGCGCUGAAGACGAAGGAGGAGAAACUCAGAGCUGCAUACGAGGAGAAAGGCAAGAACCCCUUGGUGAAGGCUCAGCUGGGAAUGAUUGCUCACGUCGAGGGCAUCCUGACGGCGGUCUUGGUGGACACUGGGGCGGGGCCCUCGUGCAUUAGCCAUGAGCUCUUCCUCCGACUGAGCCGCCUCAGCCCAGCCAUCCGUGAGAGCCUUCGAGCUCGCUUCACCCCACUUGAUGACACGAUCGUUCCAGAAGGCGACCAGAACACCCCUCUCGCCGUUGUCGGAGUGGUCCGUCUACGUGUGGGCAACCACAGAAGAGACAAUCUGUGGCCGUUCCGCAUCGUGAAGGGGCUCUGUGCACCUGUGAUCGUGGGCAUGGAUAUGUUGGGGUUCGCUUCUGCCUUCAACAUGCGCAAGCAACGCCUGCGGCUGCCUGGCUUCCCUCAGUUCCAUCUGAUCGGUUAUCCUGACGCCAGGGCGCGGGUUGGUCUUGCAAUGCCUCAGGCGGCUCCAGCUGCUGAUAUGGCCUACCGAUGUGAGGACCUUGGGGAUGUCUUUGAUCGUCUGUGCCCAUUGCAUGCACCUGAGGAGACACCAUCCAUGUACACACCCUCUUUGGAUUCAUCUUCGUUUUCGACGUCACCGUACCCACCGUCUGUGUCGCGACAUGCAUUUGUUUGCAGUCAAUGA